AUGGAGCAAUCGAAGAUUGUCGACUUCUUUUCGUCGUCACCGUCCUCUCAACAACCCAAAAAGCGCACCAAAAAGCGCACCAAAAAGUGCAACAAUUCAUCACCAGCCAAAGCCGCGAAAGGUGGCAGCCAGUCCAGUUCUCCCAACUCAAGUCGCCCAGGGUCACAGCAAACCAUGGCCAAGCCAAGCCAGAAGCCCAAGAGGCAGAGAUCGCAGGCAUCAGCCUCACUGUCCCGCGCAGCAUCUUUACAUCCCUCUAUCCCCUCUACCCCAAUCUCCAAAAACAUGUCAUCCCCCCAAAUCAUGAAGAAGCGACAUCUCCAGGGACGCAAUGAACGCGUCCCCGAGACUCCCCCCCAAAAACGAGCUCCGACGAGUAGUCAAAGCCAACAAACCCCCAAACGAACAAGUCAACUAGUUCAAGCAAACUCACCGAAUACACCAUUCGAUAUUUCAUCUGGAGAGAGCUCUGAUUCAGACUGUGUGAUUGAAAAAGUCCAGCCGUCGCCAAAGCGCAAGCUUGUCGCGCCCAGCCCACGAGCUCGACCUGCCAAGAAGCUCAAGACUGAUCAGCAAGAGACUAUCAACCGAGGCUUUGCCUCUAUCAAGGCAUCUGUUCUUGCAAAAGGCACAACAUUGGCAAGACAGAACAAGAGACCAGCUGCUAGAGAGCGACAAGGUGCUUCUAUGCCUCCUCAAGCACCCUUGCCCAACCUCACCUCAAGCGUUGCAGGCCCAAGUCGAAGCACAUCUGUCCCUCCAGCUCAUAUCCCUCCCAAACCCAGCCAGAAUGAGAAUGUAACCCAAAUUGAGAAUGAGUCGGACCACGACAAUGAGAAGGUUCAGCUUACUCCGAAAAAGCGCCAGCUUGAGCAACAGAAAGCAAACGUCAAGCGACGACGAGUUGGCGACUCAAUCGAGACCCCUGUGUCGAUCGAUGCAGACGAUGAAGAUCAACCCGACUCGGACAUUGAGGUCGUCAGGGUCCUGGUGUCCCCCAGGCGCAAGGCCGCCAAAGGUCGCGCUACAGCCGACAAAGAUAUCAAGGCCGAGAACUCUGCUAAGCAGCGAAAGGUUGCCGCUCAGCGCAAGACCCAGUCUUCCUCUGUGACAAAGCGUCCUACACCUGCUAAGUCAGCUGUUGCACGCGACACCACACCAAUCAAUACUUUGCACAUCGAUCUUACCCAGGAGCCCUCCGAUAGUUCUGAUUUCUCAGAUGAAGAGACUACGGUCCCCGCCAAGCCAGCUCUGCCAACACUAGUUGAGCAUACCCUUGACGUCCAGAAGCCAGCCACUACGACUGAACACACUACCACCAGUCACACCGACAAUCCUGUGGCUACCCCCCAGGAGACCGUCCUUGUCCAUGAACAGAGGGAGCCCUCGCCACACAUCACGGAUUCUUUGCUAGAUUGGGUUGAUCGCCAGACGACGAAGAAAUCUACCUCACUCUCCAGCAGCAAUUGUCCGUCUCCCGACCAUGACGUGCCCUUCUCCACCGCGCCUGAAUACCAGCAUGAUGAUACCGCAGCGAAGAAGAUCAAGAUGGAAGCUCACGAUAGUGACAUGGUGUCCAUCAAAAAAGAGAGCAUUGAGCAAUACAACUCCAGCGAUGACGAAGGUAGCAGUGAUGAAGAGUCUCACGAUGGAGACAUCCGCGCUAUAAAGCAAGAGAGCAGCUUAAUGUAUGGUCAAUCCUCAGACGACGAAGAAAACUUCGACGAAGAGGACAUCAAGAACAUUAAAAUGGAGAGCCACUCAAGUCCCAUGAAAAUUUCUGCUCUCAAGCAGUACGAGUCACAUCCCGCCAAAGACGGCGAAAAGGAAUACGACGACGAUGAGGAAUACCAAGGCCUCCCUGACUUAAGUGACGAUGAGGUGUCUCACGACGCCAACACCAACGAGGUGGAAGAGAAUGAAAACGUUGGAUCCUCGCCACCUGUGUCAUAUCAGCUACCACAGGAAGACGCCCCUCCGAAAGCUGUCUCUACAACACUUGAGGAGAAGGUCACAUUUGAUUCGGCUGAUAAGGAUUUGGGCAACUCGUUCGGCAAUUCGAAGAAACAUCUCUCCACUCCGAUCAAAACUGAGAAGGGUCUUUCACCAUCGAUCUAUGAGCUUCAGCCAGUUUAUAGUGGUGAGAAGCUUAUGCAGAGCCACACUCCAGGUACACCAUCGCCGUUCCGACCUCACCAUCGGGAUUCGCUUCUCGGCUUGAGGAGUAUCCUGAAGGGCUCGGGCGGGCGAGGUCGUGCAAGCGAUAACGAGAGUGUUUACUCUCCCUUCCCGGAUGUCUCUCCCCUUUCUGGAGAUGAGUACGUCACUUCAUCACCUACAGAACGAAUACAGCAGAGCAAAGAGCAAGCCAAAGCUGUCAGCUCUUUCAAAAAGAAGCUUUACUCAACACCUCCUCACCGGGCUAUUGUGCCCAAGGCAAUGACAUUGCCGAGACUCCUGCCCAAGAACUGGACGCCGCCACUUCCAAAGGGAGGUCGAUGGCUUCAACAAAAAAAAGUUACCACGCCUUUACCAUCUAUCCCCGAUGAUACUGUUGCGAGCGACGCAGCCUCAAGACAAGAAACACCCACAAAGGUUGUCGCAGAGCGACCUUCCCGCAUUAACGACGAGACAGACUUAGCAGAGUCUGAAGAUGAAGUUGAGAAGAAGCUCCAGGAGCAACAGUUGGAGCCAGGAACAGACAAGCACUGGAUCAAGCCUUCCGAGAAGGAAAUCAAGCCCCCGAUCAUCCGAGAUGGCGUUUCAGAACACGCCAUUAAACCCACAGUUGCUUUGUUCAAGAAGAAAAUAGCCGCUAGGCAAGGCUUCAAUCACGAUACAAGCGACAAGUCCAAUCAAAAGUACAACUGGGAAAUCGACUGGACCACGCCGGCGUCCUUGACUGAGCGCAAAUCACAAGCCGUAGCAGCGGAACUAGAACAUAGGGGAAUCAAGACCAGCAAGCAAUACAGCAACUUUUGGUACAACCUUACGAUGAAGUUUUCAAGACUUGCAGGCUCGCCGAUUCCGCUUUUUACAGCAAAGAAAAAGGCACUCGACACAUUUGUUGAGGAGGCCAUGCAGAACCAGGAAAUCAGACGGCGGAACAAAAACAAGGCCACUGUAGCGGAAAGGAAAGCGAGGCGUCGAGAGAAGAAGAAGAAGAAGCAGAAGCAGAAGACACAGCCCAAAGAUGUGGAUGCAUUUCUCAUUCCCGGAGAUACAGACGCUAAGAGUGAAUCCGAAGAUUCCGAUUCCGAUCUCAACGGAACCGAUCUGAUCGCCAAAAUGCGGGCAGAUACCGAGAAACGGCAGAGGACAUAUGGAGGCGGAACUAGCUGUGGACGUCGAAGCAAGUAAGGAAGUUUGAUGCCAUGUGUGAGAUCGGGCAUUCGGGGAUAUGAAUCGAUCGAUGUACGGUCAAAAUGUAAUAAUGCACACGUACAGAUGAAGUCACUUUUUUGGAGAUAACGCAGGACAAGGGGGGG